AUGAGCGCUGUGUUUCUCCUGCUCUUGGUGUCCACUGUGAACGUCGGUGCCGUGCUGGAAAAGGGUCUGCCGAGACAGGAACCGCGGCGCCUCUCAUGCGUGCGAUGCUGCGGGCCUUCAGAGCAGCCCGUCUCCAUCAUCUCUUCACGAUACACAAGGAUGAGCAGCAACCCUGCCUAUUCGGUACCCAAAGUCCAGCCCACUAUAGAUAUCACCAUCCUCAAAGGUGAGAAGGGUGAAAUGGGAGAGAAAGGGUACCCUGGAGCAGUUGGGAAAGAAGGAGAAAGAGGGCUACGUGGCUUUAAUGGACGGAAGGGACAGAAAGGCCAGCCUGGCCCACAAGGCCAUUCCUGCAAGCAGCUCUACGCUGCUUUCUCGGUGGGUCGGAGAAAACCCCUUCAUAGCUCAGACUACUUCCAGCACGUCACUUUUGACACCGAGUUCGUGAACCUCUACAAGCACUUCAACAUGUUCUCGGGGAAGUUCUUCUGCUAUGUGGCAGGAAUCUACUACUUCAGCCUCAACGUCCACACCUGGAACUUCAAGGAGACCUACCUCCACUUGAUGAAGAACGAGAAAGAGGUGGCCAUCCUCUACGCCCAGCCCAGCGAUCGGAGCAUCAUGCAGAGCCAGAGCCUGAUGCUGGACCUGCAGGAAGGAGAGGAGGUCUGGGUGAGGAUGUUCAAGCGGGAGCGAGAAAAUGCCAUCUAUAGUGAGGAGUCUGAUGUUUACAUCAUCUUCAAUGGCCAUUUAAUCAAGCCAGCUGUAGAGUAG